AGUCGCAUCCGAGUGGCGAACCCUCCCCUCACAUUUCUCUCUCCGCCUGGAAAGAUGGCUGCUCCGGCGGUGGCGAGAAGCUCCGGCCCGCCGCUUUGCCCGAGCUUCGCGGAGGUAUGUUCGUUUCUGGAGCGCUACGGAGCAGCGUUGGACCUCCCCGAGCUGACUUUCCCGCAGAUAGAGAGGUAUCUGCGUGACACGACGGCAGUUCCUAAACCGUUGGUGGAGCUCCAUGUGAAGCUGCUCAGAAAGCUGGGGAGGUCCGUGACCACAGACCGCUGGGAAAAGUACCUGGCUAAGGUUUGCCAGGAGCUGAACAGCACAUGGGCCUGGGAGUUGGAGCAGAAAGGUUACCAGGAGAUGUCGAUGGAGUGCAAGUCGAGCAUCCUCAAGUAUCUGUGUGAGUGUCAGUUUGACGACAACCUGAAGUUCAAGAUGGUGGUCAACGAUGAGGACCCCGAGAAGAUGCGUCUGCAGCCCAUCGGUCGGGACCAGCAGGGCCUGAUGUACUGGCUCCAGCUGGACCAGGAGCAGAACAUCCGGCUCUACACAGAGGAGCAGGACGAUCUGGACGGAUCCACCUGGAAGUGCAUCGUCCGGACCCGGAACGACCUGGCCGAGGCUCUGGAGCUGCUGAAGGCUCAGAUUGAGUCCAGUCAGAGUCAGGAUCAGGACCAAAACCAGAACCAGGCUGGAACCAGGAGCGCCAGCCCUGCAGAAAGAGACACGAGUACGACGGGGAAAUCAGAGACAAAUAAAAACGAUGGAAUCAACAGCAUCAAACUCCCCAAAGCUUCAGAGGAAGAAAAUGACAACAAGACGACCAAUCCAGUGACAGAAAAGAUGCAAGUAAUAAAGGAAGAGGAGGUAAAGCAGGAAAACACUGAACCCAAGAUGGAGGAGAAGACGGCUGCCUUCGAUAACCGCGUCAGCACCAUCACCGCCGUCAAAGCUGAGCCCAGGGACGCAGACGGACCUAAAAACGCCGUGUCCGUCCUCAUCGCGCCCGGCGCCGCUCUGUUGAAGCUGAACAAGGAAGACGAAGCGGAGAGGGCCGCCGUCCGGAGCAACCAGCAGGCAAAAAUACCACUGAAGAAGAGGGACCUGAAGCUGGCCGGCUGCUUCCAGACCAACCACCUGAACAACGCCAGCAGCAGCAUCAUCGUCUGCAAUCCCUCCGUGAUCAACAGCAAGGACUGUCGGGGGAGAGACGGGAAGCCGACCAACUCGUUAGAACUGCAAGGAAGCCCGGCGUCCUGUCUGCAGCAAGUCAUCACCUCCAGGCAGGAGCUGACCAAUGGGAGAGCGCCUCACCCGCCUCCCAGAGACGGGCAUAACGGCGUCAUCGGUCAGGUCGGAGUCAUCGGUCACGUCGGCGUCAUCCGCAGCCCACCUGAGCUCCACAGAGCUCCGGAGGAAAACGGGCCGAAGUCGGAACCAAGCGGCGUGAAGGCUGGAGAGGAAGUGAGCCGGCAGUCGGUUCUGGUUAGGAAGGGACCGCCUGAGCAAGACGCCACCGCCGCCGCCGCACUUCCUGCUCAUCCAAUCCCACCGCUAACGGACCAGAAAUCGGAUCUUACAGAGAUAAAAGGAGAAUCUGUUGGUUUCUCCUCUCAGAUGACGGUAAAUGACCAAAGCAGCGGUCAACCGGAGGAGAACCGAAACGUCAAGGAGGAACCUGGAAUAAACUCAGCGUUAAACUCAGGAGCGUCUGGAAAAGGAGACUCUGAACCUCAAAAAGCAGAAAAGCUGAAUAAGAUGAUCCAGCAGGAACAAGGGGUGAACGGCGGGCUGGUCAGCGUCGUCAAACUUAAGAAGAUCGGGUUUGUUUCGGAACAGAAGAGGGUUCCACUGGAGGAAGCGUCUUCCGAACUCCAGAAAGAAGGAAUCCGGCUGAAGAUCAAGAUCCCACCGCACCGGAGAAACAAAUUACGGAGAAAAGAAGGAAAGGAGGAGAUGAAAACCCGAGAGGGGCAGAAAGAAGGGAGGCCGCUGAGGAGAUCUGCACGGAUCUGCAGAUCAUCUGCUUUGCCAAACUGCAGGCCAAGCUCGAAGGCGGCAGAGAGCCAGAGAAAGAAACCGCAAAAGAAACAGACGCCGCCUGCCAGAACGAGGGAUGAAGAAGAGGUGGAUGAGGAAGAGGACGAUGAGGAGCAGAACUCACCUUCAACAAAGAACCAAAAACACGAACUCGCUGGAAAAUUUAGCAAGCGAAGGGGCAAACGAAGACACGGGCGACCACGAUGGACCAAUGUUCGCCCCAAGAGACACAAACCAAAUGAGGAGGAGGAAGAGGAGGAAGGCGGGUGGAAGAAACGAGGAGAGGAGGAGAAAGAAGGAAGCGGCUCAGAGGAGGAGUUGAGUAAAUCUGAGGAGAUUCCCACUGAGGAUGCCUGCACUCACUGUGGCCUGCCCAACCACCCAGAACUGAUCCUGCUGUGUGACUCGUGUGAUCAGGGAUACCACACCGCCUGUCUGCGGCCGCCGCUCAUGCUGAUCCCAGAUGGAGAAUGGUUCUGUCCACCUUGCCAACAUAAGAUGCUGUGUGAGAAACUGGAGGAGCAGCUGCAGAACCUGGACAGCGCUCUGAAGAAGAAGGAACGGGCAGAGCGGAGGAGGGAACGGCUGGUUUACGUCGGCAUCAGUGUGGAGAACAUCAUUCCUGAGGGAGAUGUGGAAGAGGAGGAGGAGGAGGAGGAAGAGAAAUCUACCAAGAAAAAAGAUCCAAAAAAGACCAAAAACCUGGGGAGGAGAUCAACCAGGACCAGGAAACACAUCAGCUACAGGUUUGAUGAUUUCGAUGACGCCAUCGAUGAGGCCAUAGAGGAGGACAUCAGGGAUCUCUGCAGUGGAGCAGAAACGGGGAAAGAGAUCCCCUCCGUUGUGUCCGAGGGCGUGAAGGAGAACCAGCGGCCAAUCAGAACCCAGAGCCGCACCGCCAGGAACAAGAAGAGACGGCGGCUGAACGACCUGGAGAGCGACAGCACGGCGAUAGAGAGCGAAGAAGAGUUUAUGCUCAGCAACAGCUCGGAGGAAGAAGAAUUCGCCGCUUCGGGUGCCGACGACGGCGAGGAGGACGAUGAAGACGCAGGCAGCGACGGCGGCAGCUGGGACAGAGGCGCGCGUCCCAAACGGGGCACGAGAGGGACGCCUAAAUUCAAACCCAGGAUGCCCCAACGCCGGGGCAGGAAACGGCGGCGGAGGCGGUCCAGCGAGGAGGAGGAAGAGACGGAUGUAGAGAUGGAUUCAGAUCGGUUCAGCGACAUGACGGACAGUGACGCAGACAGGAAGAGGCGUGGCCUGAGGCGGGGCCAGCGCCAGCAGGUGAACUACCGCGAAACAUCGGAGUCGUCCGACAACUCCAGGACGUUGGCCCAGCGGCCGCCGGUGAAACGGCGCGGCCGACCGCGGAAGGAGCAUUUCUCCAGCGACUACAGCGACGUUUCCGCUUCCUCGAGAGAUUCUGAGGAUGAUGACGAUGACAAUGAUGAGGAGGAAGAUGGCCGGCGGAGAGUGGACAAGAGAAGAAGAAGAGGAGCGGAGGAGGAGGAACUCCGGAGCGGCAGGACGAGAAAAAAGCGGAAAAGAUACGAAGAUGAGAAGGACGAGGAAGGAGGGCGGCGGCUGAAGAGGAGGCAGCUGAGGAGGGAGGAUGAAGAUGAUGAUGGGAGGAAGAGGAGGACGGAGAGAGACGAAGAGGAUCCGGAGCGGAUGGGCCGGGGGAAGAGGAGGGAGAUGCUUUCGCAGCAGCGCCGCAAACUCCUCGCUCAGAUGCUGAAGAAACGCCGGCCGUCCACCGACGAAGACGAGUCCGACUCGGACGAUUCUCAGUCUUCAUCGGGAGACGACCGCCCAAUCCGCAAGAGACUCAACCGCAUCGACUCCGAUGACGACGAGGACGAGAGGCGCGUCGAUACGGACGACGAAGACGAAGGACAGAAGAGGAAAAAGUCGGAGCACAAAAGCGACGGCGGCGCUCAGGAAAAGGGGCGGAGCCUGUCUCCAUCAAACGGACACCAGACCUCCAGAGACGCUGAGAGACGGGAGAGACACAACGGCCCCAUGCAUCCCGCCGAAGAUGAGGAGGAGGAAGAGGACGAGGAGGAGGAGGAGGAGGAUGAAGGCCAGUCGGACUCAUUGAACUCUGCCCAGAACAGCCCGCGGUCAUGAUGGCCGACUGUAAAUAAAUCUCCAAUGUUUUUAUUUUCCUCUCAACCUCCAUCACUUCUCUGCUUCUCACUCUUCUUCUGUGGUGGAGCGCUACAAUCCCAAAUGGGCGCCGAAGCAUCGCGCCCGCCCGGCGGAGCGGAAAACCCGGAGUCGGUUCAUCGUAGCAGAAACCUCCAGCUAGCAUCGGAUCGAACUCUUUACAGCGAGGUGACGACCAAAAUCCUCCAAAAUAAAACUGGGAAGAGGAAAAAACCCGAAAAGCUUAUAGGAAAUUGUGAUUAAUUAUUAGGAUUUGAUAUUUUAUUGGCCAAGUUUAAAAAUGUGUAUAUAUAGUAGAUUUAAAGUAAUGAGAACUACUGGUUUAUGUAUUUUUUUAUUAUUUUAUGCCCACCUUGUUUUUCUGUAUUUGUACCUCUUUAACUUUUUCGCGUUUUGUCACGUUUGCCACAAACAUCAGUGUGAUUUUUUUUUUUCUUUGAUAGACCAGCAUUUUCUUCAGAAGAAAAAUCUGAAAAGUGUGGCAUGCCUUUGCA